GCCGGCGCCGCGCUCGCUGACGGUCUGUGUGUGCGACGGCCGUGGUGUUCAGUUGGCGCUCACAAACAGAAAGAAACAGAAACAGAGAGCGACUGUGGAUCAGAGAUGCAGUCUGGACCGUCUGGACCAGAUCCUCCAGGAUCUGGACUGAAGUCAGUCAGAAGAUCUCCUCGUCUGUCUCCUCAGGGCAGCAGCAGUAAAGAAAAGGAGGAGAGGAAAGGAGGAAGAAGCAGUCUGCAGGAGGUGAAGAGGAGAGGAAGGAUGGAGAAGAGCAGAGAGGAGGCAGAGGAGGAGCUUAACAGCAGACUGCAGACGUUGGACCUGUCCAGCAGAUCAGCAGCCAGUGGUACAGGUCUGGUUUACUCUGAGGUCUUCACUCAUCAUAAGAACCUGCGGGAGCCCAGUCACGUAGAGAGUCCUGACAGAGUGACGUCCAUCAUGAAGGAGCUAGAGAGACAGGAGCUGCUGUCUCACUGCAUCAGAGUGGAGCCCAGAGAAGCUACAGAAGAAGAGCUGCUGCUCGCUCACAUGAAGAAUUAUGUGGAUGCGAUGAGGUCGACUGAGACCAUGUCAGAGAGUGAACUACACACACUGUCUGAGAAAUACGACUCUGUUUACCUUCAUCCUGAGUCCUUCCAGGUGUGUGUGUUGGCGGUGGGUUCCGUCCUCCAGCUGGUUGAUCAAGUGAUGACCUCUGAUCUCAGAAAUGGCUUCGCUGUCAUCAGACCUCCAGGUCAUCACGCUCAGGCCAGCGAGUCAAACGGUUUCUGCGUUUUCAACAACGUGGCGAUUGCAGCUCGAUAUGCUCAGACCAGACACUCAGUCAGCAGGGUGUUGAUAGUGGACUGGGAUGUUCAUCAUGGUCAGGGCAUCCAGUACCUGUUCCAGGAAGACCCCAGGGUCCUUUACUUCAGCGUCCACCGGUACGAGCAGGGCUCUUACUGGCCUCACCUCCCAGAGUCUGACAGUUGGUUUGUUGGCAGAGGACGAGCUGAAGGAAGAAACAUCAACCUGCCCUGGAACCAGACGGGGAUGACAGACGCUGAUUACAUUGCUGCUUUUCAACAACUGCUGCUGCCUGUAGCCUGCGAGUUUCAGCCUCAGCUGGUUCUGGUCUCUGCUGGAUUCGAUGCUGCAGUCGGAGACCAGAAGGGGCAGAUGUGUGUGAGUCCUCAGUGUUUCCAUGUUCUGACUCACAUGUUGAUGAGUUUGGCUGAAGGUCGACUCGUUCUCGCUCUCGAGGGAGGUUAUAACCUGCAGUCGACAGCAGAGGGCGCUGCAGCCUGUGUCAGAGCUCUGCUGGGAGGAGCCUGUCCUCCUCUGAGUCUCCCCACUGCUCCGUCUGACAGUGCUCUGCAGUCGAUCUCUCAGACCGUCUCUGCUCUGUAUCCACACUGGGCCUCUCUACAAGUACUGGAAGGUGGCCCAUUGGCUGAGGGCAGUGUCAUCAGAGCAAUAAACAACCAGCAGAGCACAAAGCAGACCAGCCCCGCCCCCUCUGUUGCCAUGACAACAGGUCUGGUCUAUGAUGAGAGGAUGAUGGAGCAUCUGAAUAUGUGGGACAGACAUCACCCUGAACAGCCUCAGAGAAUCUCCAAAAUCUUCUCCAAACAUCAGCAGCUGGGAUUGGUCGAUCGUUGCCAGCGGAUACCCGUUCGCUUAGCAACAGAGGAGGAGCUGUCCAUGUGUCACAGUGUGCAGCACAUUGAGCAGAUGAAGGCUACAGCAGUGAUGAAGCCCAGAGAUCUGCACAAACUGGGGGAAGAGUUCAACUCCAUCUACAUCAACAACCAGAGCUUCCAGUCUGCUCAGCUGGCUGCUGGAAGCUGCUUCAGCGCUGUGGAGAGGAUCCUGACUGGACAGGUGAGUAACGGCUUGGCGAUCGUCCGUCCUCCUGGUCACCACGCAGAGAGGGACUCUCCCUGUGGUUUCUGUUUCUUCAACACAGCAGCGCUCACUGCUCGCCACGCCCAGAAGAUCUCCCAUCAUGCACCGCUGAGAGUCCUCAUCCUGGACUGGGACGUUCACCACGGCAACGGCACACAGCACAUGUUCGAGGAUGACGACAGCGUCCUGUACAUCUCCCUCCAUCGCUAUGACAACGGGACAUUCUUCCCGUCGUCGGAGGACGCCGCUGCCAACCGGGUGGGCGUGACCAAAGGGGCGGGGUUUAACGUCAACGUGGCCUGGAGCGGAGGAAGGAUGGGCGACUCUGAUUACCUCGCUGCCUUUCACCGCGUCGUCAUGCCAAUUGCUACCGAGUUUAACCCCGGUCUGGUCCUGGUGUCGGCCGGAUUCGAUGCAGCUCGGGGGGAUCCGCUGGGUGGAUAUCACGUGACCCCGGAGGGAUACGCCCACCUCACACACCUGCUGAUGUCAUUGGCUGGGGGCCGGGUCCUACUCAUACUGGAGGGAGGUUACAACCUGUCGUCCAUCUCUGACUCCAUGGUGAUGUGCACCAGCGUGUUGCUAGGAGACCCUCCUCCAUCCCUGGUGACGCCCCUCCCCCCUCCUCAUCACAGUGCUGUGGCAACAAUCAACGAGGUCAUCCGACACCACGCCCCCUACUGGAGGUCACUGAGGAUACACAUCCCAGAUUCUGUGCGGGCGUCCCUGCCCUCCCUGAAGUAUCGUGGGAAACGUAGCUCUAAAGGAAAAGGCAGGAAGUCAGAGCAGAGCAGCACAAACAAACCUCCGCUGCCCCCCACAGGACCAGAGGACACAACGACGCAGUGCGGUCUGGACCAGCUCACUCAGGGAUUGGCCAGUUUGGACAUUAGUCAAACCUCAGCCAAUCACACUCCUGCUAUGUCCACCCCAGUGGGAGGGGCCAGGCCAAAGGUCCGCCUGAGUACGGAGAAGGUCACCUGUGAAGGUGAAGCGAAGGCGGAGCCUAGCGUAGCCGUACCUGAGCAGAGCCAAUCAGCAGACAGCACACCACCUCAGACUCAGACUGUUGCUGCGGCAAUGUCAAAGUCGGUUGCCGUUGGAGACGAGGCUGCCGCUGGAGCGGGGGCGGAGCCAGAGACGGAGGGAGCGUGUGGUUGGUCGAAGCCUCAGACGUCUCUGGAGCUGAUGUGUGAAGGACAAACAGACGGAUCCACUCUGUACGUGGUGGACCCUCUGUCCUGGUGUCCUCACCUGGAUGUCGUUAAGCCCCCGCCCCCCUCGGGUAUAGAUGUCUUCCUGUCGUGUCAGGACUGCAGCUCUGAUGCUGAGAACUGGAUCUGUCUCACCUGCUACCAGGUGUUCUGUGGCCGUUACGUUAACGAACACAUGGUGAUCCACGGUGCUACCUCUGAACAUCCGCUGGUUCUGAGCUUCUCUGAUCUCUCUGUGUGGUGCUACCUGUGUGAGGCCUACAUACACAACCAGAUUCUGUUUGAAGCUAAAAACGCCGCUCACUGUGCCAAGUUCGGAGAAGAGGUCCCUCCACGGAGCUGAGCUGAAGAGGAGGAGGGUGUAAAAAACUGACACCUGACCAGCAGCGUCUGAUUGGACAGUUGAGUGCGUUGCCACGGAUACCAGCAGCAGUGGUGCUUUGUGGGAAACGUAGUUCAACCUACGGCAUCCGACAACUGCCAAAAAACAAACUCAAAUGCAAAAAAAGAAAAAGAGGAAUUGAUGUUUUUAUUUUUUUAACUGCAGAUCAUCUUCAUCUUCGUCAUCAUCGUCAUCAGCAGGUUGGCGCUUCAGUCUCCUGAAAACGUGACCAAUCACCAGCAGAGUCUGGACGGUUAUUGAACAAAAAGUGAUGCGUUAGAGGCCAGAGGGGCGAUGAUGUCACGGAGAGGCCACGCCCACAAACAACGGCACAGUAACGGACGUUGUGAAAUUUCAUUUCAGAAAUCUGCAGUUUCUCAUUUUCACUGUCACCUGAUCAUUUACUCCUCAGCUUUCGCGUCGUAAAGAUCUGGAAGGUUCCUUUCACUGAUCUUAAACCUGAUCAGCUGAUGGUCACGACGCGAAGUUUGAGAUUUCAGGACAAAAACAAGGCAGAUUUUUGACCUCGAAGUAACUAAAGUAACUGAACGUCUCCCUCUGAGCAACACGUUUCUGUCUGUGACCGAGUCCUGAGAACUUCAAACUGUCAACACAUUUUCUUCCGUUCUUUUCUAAUCUGACAGAAGAACAUUCAACACAAAGGAAGAGACGCAUUUCUAGUGUUUGUCAACACCGGUGCUCGUUGUUCUACGGCUGCUCUGACAGAAAACUCUAGAAACGAAUUGGUUCACGGUAAAAACUGGUUUUAAAGACUCAGCCAGAGACAAAAUUAAGGAGACAUCGUGUUGUUCUGUAACGAGUCUGAGAAGCAUCCGAUUGGUCAAGAAGAAUAAAAAAGAGAAAAGACAGAUCAAAACCAAAGGAAGACGAGGUUGGAAAGGUGGUGAGAGGGAAGCUCCGCUGCUCGUUACAUGACAUUAAGUGAAAUAACAAAGUUAUGGAGACGUUUCUCUGGUGUGAAACCCGAUGCUCAGAGGGAACCUGUGAAGUCAGCGACCAGUUUCUGUUAAAGACACAUAACACGUGGAGAAAGUCCACGAGGGUCUGUCUGUAAAACUCACUUCAGCUGCGUUUGAUCUCAGCAGGAGAAGAGCAGUUUCUGUGUUUGAGGUGCGUUUGAUU